AUGUUAGUCUUUAAUAUAACCAGAACCCACCCCGUGGCCUUUUUAUUGGUAGGAAUUCCUGGUUUAGAACAUCUGCACAUGUGGAUCUCCAUUCCUUUCUUCUUUGCCUAUACUCCGGCCCUGCUGGGAAACUGUACCCUUCCCUUCAUUAUUCAGGCUGACUCAGCCCUCCAUGAGCCCAUGUACCUCUUUCUGGCCUUGUUGGCAACCAUAGAUCUGGUCCUUUCUUCUACAACACUGCCCAAAAUGCUCGCUAUAUUUUGGCUCAGGGAUCGAGAGACCAAUUUCUAUGCCUGUCUGGUCCAGAUGUUCUUUCUCCACUCCUCCAUCAUGGAGUCAGCCGUGCUGCUGGCUGUGGCCUUUGACCGCUAUGUCGCCAUCUGCAGACCACUGCACUACACCACGAUCCUGACCAAGCCCCUCAUCAUCAAGAUUGGCGUGGCUGCUGUGACCCGGGCUGUGACACUCAUGACUCCGCUCCCUUUUCUGUUGCGACGCUUCCACUACUGCCGAGGCACUGCGAUCGCCCACUGUUACUGUGAACACAUGGCUGUGGUAAGGCUGGCGUGUGGGGACACCUGGUUCAACAACAUCUACGGCAUUGCUGUGGCCAUGUUUAUCGUGGUGCUGGACCUGCUGUUUGUUGUCUUGUCUUAUAUCUUCAUCCUUCAGGCAGUUCUCCAGCUUGCCUCCCCAGAGGCCGGCUACAAGGCCUUCAGGACAUGUGUGUCUCACAUAGGUGCUAUUCUUUCUACCUACACACCUGUUGUCAUCUCCUCAGUCAUGUACCAUGUAGCUCGCAGGGCUGCCCCUCAUGUCCACAUACUGCUUGCAAUUUUCUAUCUUCUUUUCCCACCUAUGAUAAAUCCUAUUAUCUAUGGUGUCAAGACCAAGCAGAUUUGGGAUCAUGUUUUCAGUCUAUUCUGGAGAAAGGUUGUGUAG